AUGGCGAAUAAUGCAAUGUACCACAUAAAUGUAUUACAGGCAAAUGUAAAUAGAAGCACAGAAGCGAUGAAUCUAGUGGAGCUAUAUGUUAGUGAGCAGAGUGUAGAUGUUGUGAUGUUGUCUGAACCAAAUAAAAAUAAAGUUAAAUGUGGAAAUUGGUAUAAAAAUAGUGAUAGUGAUGUGGCUGUGAAAAUAAUAAGUGAUGACUUGGUUGUGUAUGGUACUGUGAGUGGUAGUGGUUUUGUGAUAGUAAAAAUGGACUUCGUAGAUAUUAUUGGAUGUUACCUUACACCAAAUGAGCCCCUAUGUGACUUUAAGAACAAAUUGGAAAAUAUCGCGAGCAUUAUGCAGCAAAAUAAAACCAAAAACAUAAUCGUUAUGGGUGAUUUCAACUCCAAAUCUGCAGCAUGGGGAUCCCACGUGGAGGAUGAAAGGGGGAGAUACCUAAAAGAGUGGAUGGCUGAAAGGAACCUGGUUGUUAUGAACAGUGGAACGACCCCCACAUGGAGGAGAGGUGAACAGAAAUCUUUUAUAGAUAUCACAAUGUGCAAUGUAGAGAUAGCUAAAAGCGUCACCGCAUGGAAAGUAAAUCUUAGCGACCACCUCUAUAUCACUUUUAAGGUAGAAAUUGGUAGAGGGAAAGGAGGACAGCGACAGGCAGGGCGAGAAAGGUGGCAUAUAAGAGAUGAUAAAAAGGAGGCAUAUAUACGAGAUUUUCAACGAAGACUCAACCAUCGAGAAGCUAUCGAUCCAGAAUGGUUAGAAAAUGCUACAAUUAAAGCAUGCGAUAAGGCCUACGGUAAAAAGAAACCAAGUAAAAAUAAAAAGGGAGCCGUUUACUGGUGGAAUAAAGACACAAAAGAGGCCAGAGAAAGGGCGAACAGAUGCCGUAGGAGCAUGACGAGGAUAUAUGCGAGGAAAGGGGAAGAGGGUGAAAGAAACGAGGCAGAGAGGAGGUAUAAAGAGGCAAAAAAGAAAUGA